AGAAGCUCUCACCCUUAUCCAUUUCCUUAUAAAUCUCUACACUUCAGUCCUCAUUCCUCUCUCAAUACCAUUUAGGAUCAACAAUGGCGUCGGAAAAGGUCGAGACGGUUAUCGCCGGCAACUAUAUCGAAAUGGAAGCUGAAGAAAGCAAUUCUAAGGCUGCUAAGAGUAACCUAUCAAGGUUCUUUUGGCAUGGUGGUUCAGUUUAUGAUGCUUGGUUCAGUUGUGCUUCGAACCAGGUGGCACAAGUACUACUCACAUUGCCUUAUUCAUUUUCACAACUGGGAAUGGUUUCUGGGAUUCUUUUUCAACUAUUCUAUGGAUUGAUGGGUAGCUGGACUGCUUACCUUAUUAGUGUUCUUUAUGUUGAGUACCGUACUAGGAAAGAGAGAGAAAAAGUGGACUUCAGAAACCAUGUAAUUCAGUGGUUUGAAGUUCUUGAUGGGCUAUUGGGGAAACACUGGAGGAAUGCAGGUCUCUUUUUCAAUUGCACUUUCCUUCUCUUUGGAUCUGUAAUUCAACUAAUUGCCUGUGCAAGUAACAUCUACUACAUAAAUGAAACUUUUGACAAGAGAACUUGGACUUAUAUCUUUGGAGCCUGUUGUGCAACAACUGUUUUCAUUCCUUCCUUCCAUAAUUACAGAAUUUGGUCAUUUUUAGGACUCUUGAUGACUACUUAUACUGCAUGGUAUCUCACCAUUGCCUCUCUAAUCCAUGGACAGGUUGAAGGAGUGAAGCAUUCAGGCCCAACCAAGAUGGUUCUGUAUUUCACUGGAGCUACUAACAUUCUCUAUACAUUUGGUGGACAUGCUGUUACAGUGGAGAUAAUGCAUGCAAUGUGGAAGCCACAGAAGUUCAAGCUAAUAUACUUGUUGGCAACAAUCUAUGUGCUGACCUUAACCCUACCAUCGGCAAUUGCGGUCUAUUGGGCCUUCGGAGACAUGCUUCUCAACCAUUCUAAUGCUUUCUCUUUGCUCCCAAGAUCUGGAUUCAGAGACAGUGCUGUUAUUCUCAUGCUCAUUCAUCAGUUCAUUACUUUCGGAUUCGCUUGUACUCCCCUUUACUUUGUUUGGGAGAAGUUCAUAGGCAUGCAUGACACAAAAAGCAUAUUCAAGAGGGCUCUCUCUAGACUCCCUGUGGUUAUCCCAAUUUGGUUUCUAGCAAUCAUGUUCCCCUUCUUUGGCCCCAUCAACUCAACUGUUGGAGCUUUCCUUGUCAGCUUUACUGUUUAUGUAAUCCCUGCCUUAGCACACAUGAUAACCUUUGCUCCUGCAUCAGCUAGAGAGAAUGCAGUGGAAAGACCCCCAGAAUUCUUAGGAGGUUGGACAGGCUUAUAUGCUAUGAAUAUAUUUGUGGUUGGUUGGGUAUUGAUAGUAGGAUUUGGAUUUGGAGGGUGGGCAAGCUUGCUUAACUUCAUAAGACAAGUUGAUACAUUUGGUCUCUUCACAAAGUGCUACCAGUGCCCUCCUCAUAAGAGUUGAAAAGUAGUUUCAUCUAAUUCAGUUCCAUCAAUGGACAGAAGAAGUUUCUUGUUUUUCUUUUUUAUAGUAUGCAAAAGGAUUGCCUCUUGUAAUUUGUAAGUUGGGUGUCAGUUAUACCUCUAAAGAAAGUAUUAUUCCUUUGUUUUUGUGGGGUUAAAGUAAAAGUAAUUCUAGUAAAGAGAUUGGCUUUUGGAAGUUGUGUUUCAUUGGUACACUGAAGUGAACUUUUAACUCCCUCUAUUUCUGUGGGGUUCUUUCA